GUCAUGUUUGUUAUGGCGCUAUUUUUACUGACCAUAUGGUCAUUCACGAUUUGCUUUGGCAUGGUUUAUAACUUUCCACCUCCAUUAUUCAAACGUGACACCUCAGACAUUGAAAUUGGAUAUAGAAUAAUUGGUGGUAACGAAACAGAUAUCGAAGAAUUUCCAUACCAAUUAUCGUUAGAAAGAAAAGGACGACAUGCAUGUGGUGCAUCAUUAAUUAAACGAAAUGCUUUUGUUACUGCCGCACAUUGUGUUUACGGGUGGUCAGUUCGCGACAUUACUGUAAGAGCAGGUUCUACACUUAGAGACACAGGGGGUGAAGUUAGGAAACCAUCUGACCUAAUUGUCCACAAAAAGUACUCUCAGAAUGAUUAUGAUUACGACGUCGCAGUUGGUCUCUUAGAAAAGCCCUUCGUGCUAUCGCCAACCAUUCAAGUCAUCGACUUGCAACCGAAAAACUCCAAAGUUAAUGUUGGUCAACUCGGAAAUGUAACAGGAUGGGGCAAUACCGUUUACGGAAAUUACGACGGAACGUAUUCCAAAACCUUGCGAGUGGUGCAAGUUCCACACGUAAAACACGAAAAAUGUCAAAAGCUUUACCCUGAAAAUCCGGUGACUCCUCGUAUGAUUUGUUUCGGAUAUAGUUCGGGAGGAAAGGACUCUUGUCAAGAGGACUCCGGUGGGCCAAUUGUUAUCGAUAAAAAAAUAGUUGGAAUCGUGUCAUGGGGUAUAGGAUGCGGUCUUCCAAACCAACCUGGAGUAUACACUCACAUUUCCAAUGCGGAAAUAUACGAUUUUGUUACGAGGAAUAUGAAGUAGAGACAUCCUUCUCUAUUCCCUUGGAUUGAACCCGUUUUAAGAAUGCAUCAUUUAUAGUUUUGGAUUAUUAUUAUGCAAAUAAAUAUAUCCAAUGUUUAUA